CACUCAGCAAUCUGUUUAUUACCGUUUCCACACAGAAAAGAAACACAAAACAGUAAAUUUUCGUUUCGUAAUUGGUAUUUCCUUUAAACUUCUGCCAUGGAACAUAAAACUCAACUCCUGAUAUCUGUUGCACCUAACAAAAACCACUUGUAGCAGCAGCUUUAGAUGCAUUAACCAAAAUAGGUUUCAGGCACAGAAAUGCAACCAUUGCAGUUGGUUCUGCUGAGUUUCGGGCUCUGGCUAAGAUGCUGCCUGGCCAUAGACUUUUGCGAGAUUGAGGCAUGCCAGGGCAUGACGCAUUUGGGCUGCAACAACAGCAUGAAAUUCGAUGAAAGCUGCCUGCGGGAUCGCCGCUUGGUCAACAUGGAAAUGUACCGCUCGUAUCUGUUGGCGAUGCACAACAUGUAUCGCCAGAGAGUGGCGAGCGGUGAAAUCAGCGGCCUGCCAAAGGCCCAGCACAUGCCGGAGAUGGUGUGGGACAUCUAUCUGGCCCUGGUGGCCGAAUAUCAUCUGAAGCGCUGCCUGCGUGAGCUGCACGAUCUGUGUGUGGCCACGGAUGAUUUUCCGGAUCCCAUAUUCAACUACGGCGACGACCUACAGCCGCGUCCCACGCAUCUCCUUUCGAAUAUGCGGCAGGUGACCUGUCUCACGGAACGGUGGCUGCACGAGGUCUACCUGAUGAAGGGCAUACACGCGGAAGCGGCGCCCCAUGCGAUACGCAACAUCAUGAACGACCGCGCCGCCUACAUGGGCUGUGCCGCUGGCCAGCACUACGACAAUCGGAAUGUGCGAUUCGUGCUGAUAUGCUACUACGAUCUGGAGCCCCCGCGCCACCAGGGCCUCUACGCGACGGGCGAUUUCAAUGGGAAGCGCUGCCCCAGUGGCAGCAGGAGCAACCGCUACGCCAAUCUCUGCAGCACGUUGCCCAAAAACGACUAAAAAAAAUACUGGCAGCAUAAAUAUUGCAAGCGCUUUGAGCAUAAUUAAAUGUGCCCACCACUUGGGCAAUCAAAAUGGUGGGGCAAAUAGUUUCACACAAAAAACAAAAACAAAAAACAAAAAAAAAAAGGAAAAGGUAAAAAACA